CCUGGUGAGGGUGGAGCUUACGGUGACAGACGUCAAUGACAACGUACCAGAGUGGACCAUGGUGCCCGCCCCCUACCUUGCGGUGGUCUCCCCUGACACGCCCCCUGGCUCUCUGGUGUACAAGCUCAACGCCCGGGAUGGAGACGAGGGCAACAACGGGGAAGUGGAGUACUUCCUGUCUGAUGGUGGCGACGGUCGCUUUGAGGUGGACAGGAAGAACGGCCAGGUGCGGACCACGGGACUCCCUCUCCAGCGGGACAGGGAGUAUCUCUUGACUGUGGUGGCAUCUGAUAGGCUGGGCAGCCGUAGUUCUCCCGCAGUGGUCUCCGUGGUAGCGGGACCACGGGCGCCUCAGUUCGCUAACACCUCCUUCACCAUCGCUAUUCCAGAGAACACACCCGAGGGCCAGCCAUUCCUGGUCACUCCAGCCAUGUCAUUCCAGAAUCAGCCAAUCAGCUACAGUCUCCUAAUCAAUCCCAGCAGCCUGUUCUCCAUUCAGGAAGAGACAGGGGACAUCAGUCUGACUCGGAGCAUCGACUACGAGGCCGACCAGCAUCGGUACCUCCUGUUGGUCAGAGCCAGCGAGAGCCAAGGCAGCCUCAGCAGCGCUACUGAGGUGCGGGUCAUCAUCGUGGAUGAGAACGACUGUGUCCCUGAGUUCCUGCAGUCCAUCUACAGCAAGGACGGUGUUCCCGAGACAGUCACCACGGCAACAUCGCUGCUGCAGGUGUCAGCCAGUGACUGUGACUCAGACCUGAAUGCUGAGCUGACAUACUACACCCUGAGUCCCGACUUCAGCAUCUCCCCCCACGGCACCAUCUUCCCAGGGGGGGCACUGGACUACGAGAGACCUAACCACAUCUAUGAGUUUGUCGUCAUGGCGGUGGAUAAAGGGGAGGUGCCUCGCACAGGGACGGCGACGGUCCGUAUCCGCAUGGCCAACGUGAACGACGAGGCGCCCGAGUUCUCCCAGCACGUCUACCGGACCUUCGUCUCUGAGGAUGCAGGACCCAACACAUUGGUUGCCACGGUGUUGGCUAAGGACCCCGAUGGUGACGGAAUCACGUAUAAGAUCACAGCAGGGAAUGAAGAGGGAAACUUUGUAAUUGACAGCCAUAAAGGGCUGAUCCGUCUGCGCUCCAGCCCGCCUCCUCGUCUCCAGGGGGUAGAGUAUGUUCUGAACGUCACGGCAACGGAUGACAACGCCUCAGGCGGACCUCAAGAGCUGUCGUCAACGGCACAGGUCAUCGUCGGGGUGGACGAUGUCAACAACAACAAGCCUGUUUUUGAGAAGUGCCAGCAGUACCGGGAGAGUACCUCGGUUUUGGAGAAUCAGCCGGCAGGGACCGUGGUGCUCCAGGUGCAGGCUGUGGAUGCUGAUGAGGGCUCUAACGGCAGAGUAACCUACGGCUUCAUGCACAAAGACAGCACUGUGCCUGCCUUCACCAUCCAUCCUGAGACAGGGGUGAUCUCCUCGGCCAGGAAAUUUGACCGCGAGCGCCAGCGAGAGUACGCUGUCACGGUAACAGCAACAGACCAGGCGGGUGACCCCCUGAUCGGGAUCUGCCAGCUGAACAUCCUCAUUCUGGACCAGAACGACAACAACCCAAAGUUUGAGAACCUCCGCUAUGAAUACUUCCUGCGUGAAGACACUAUGAUAGGAACCAGCUUCCUGCGUGUGGCGGCUCAUGAUGACGACUUUGGCUCCAACGCCGCCAUCACUUACUCCAUGUCCCAGGAAGAACCUGAGUACCUCCGAGUCAACCCCCUGACAGGCUGGGUCUACGUCAACCAGCCCAUCUCACAGAGGACAUACAUUUCCAGGGAAAUUGUGGCGACCGACGGGGGGAACAGGAGCAGCUCUGUAGAGCUGGCUGUCACCAUCACUGACGUGAAGAACCAGCCUCCACAGUGGGAGAAGGACAGCUACGACAUCGUCAUCCCCGAAAACACUGUCAGAGACACACCUAUUGUGACCAUCAAGGCGACCUCCCCACUGGGCGACCCCAGAGUGACCUAUAACCUGGAGGACGGCAUGGUCCCAGAGACCAACAUGCCCGUCCGCUUCUACCUGACCCCCAACCGUGAGGACGGCUCCGCCUCCAUCCUGGUGGCAGAGCCGCUGGACUACGAGACCACCAGGACCUUCAUGCUGCGGGUCCGAGCCCAGAACGUAGCGGCCGUCCCACUGGCUGCCUUCACCAUCGUCUACGUUAAUGUCACAGAUGUAAACGACAACGUUCCUUUCUUCACGUCUUCCAUCUAUGAGGCCUCUGUGACAGAAGGGGCGGAGUUUGGAACCUUUGUCCUCCAGGUGUCAGCCAAUGAUCUAGACCUGGGUUUGAAUGGCAAGAUCUCCUACUCCCUGCUGAGUGACAAGAGUGGGGACCACCAGUACUUCCGGAUCGACCCGGAGGUGGGCUCCAUCCAUACAGAGGCCGUGUUCGACCGUGAGACCAAGGGGUCCUACCUGCUGGAGGUCCAGUCUGUGGACGGCUGGGAGUCGGCCAGGCCGGGGAAACACGGGCUGCCUAACUCAGACACGGCGUACGUGCGUGUUUUCAUCAGCGACGUGAACGAUAACAAGCCGGGCUUUGCCCAGACGGCCUAUGAAGUCGACGUGGAUGAGGACGCCGACGUGGGCCUCGCCAUCCUCACUGUCAGCGCUAACGACGAAGAUGAAGGGGCCAAUGCCAAGCUGCGCUACCAGAUCACGUCAGGCAACACGGGCGGGGUGUUUGACGUGGAGCCGGAGGUGGGCACCAUCUUCAUCUCGCAGCCGCUGGACUACGAGGUCACCAAGCACUACAAGCUGCACCUGCUGGCCUCCGACGGCAAGUGGGAGGACUACGCCGUGGUGACGGUCAAUACGGUCAACAAGAACGACGAGGCGCCCGUGUUCACCGUUAACGAGUACUACGGCUCCGUCACCGAGGAGCUGGACGGCUCGCCCGUGUUUGUUCUGCAGGUCACAGCGUCUGAUCCAGAUAAGGACGCAGACCAGGAGGCUCUGCGUUAUUCUCUCCACGGCCAGGGAGCUGACAGCCAGUUUGUCAUCGAUGAGGUCACAGGGAAGAUCUACGCCCAGAGAACCCUGGACCGUGAAGAGCGCGCCGUCUGGCGCUUCGUGGUCCUCGCCACGGACGAGGGAGGGGAGGGGCUCACGGGCUUCACUGACGUCAUAAUCAACGUGUGGGACAUCAAUGACAACCCGCCCAUUUUCACUUGCGCGCCCGACUGCCACGGCGACGUGUCCGAGAACUCAGGCCCGGGGACGUCCGUGAUGGAGAUGACCGCCACGGACCUGGACGACUCGGCCGUCGGCCAGAACGCCGUGCUCUCCUACAGGAUUCUGGGUAACGCAGGCGUGGACGGCGUGGUCAGGAUUGGGGGCGUGGCCUCCGACAUGUUUUCCAUUAACCCCGGCACGGGCACGAUCACCGUGGCGAUGAGCGGACUGGAUCGCGAGCAGGUGGAGUCCUACUUCCUGGUGGUGGAAGCCAGGGACGGCGGGGGGAUGGCGGGCACGGCCACGGCCACGGUGCACGUGGGCGACCUGAACGACCACGCCCCCCGCUUCACAGUGCCGCGGCCCUGCCUGGCCAUGGUGUCUGAGAGCGCCGAGCCCAACGCCGUGGUGCUGGAGCUAACGGCCGAGGACGGGGACACAGGCCAAAACGCCCAGCUGACCUUCAGCGUAGUCGCGGGAGACCCCGAACAGAAGUUCUACCUGCUGAGCCAGCGGCAGGAGCAGAGAGGCUCCCUGAGGCUGAAGAAGCGUCUGGACUACGAGCGCCCCAGCGAGAAGAGCUUCAACCUGACUCUGAAGGUGGAGGACCUGGACUUCUUCAGCCUGCUCACCUGCCUGGUGGAGGUGGAGGACUACAACGACCACGCUCCCGUCUUCAUACCUCACUUCCUGCAGCUGAUGCCCCUCCCCGAGGACGUCGCCGUGGGAACCAGCGUGGCGCAGCUGGCCGCCAGCGACUCCGACUCGGGCGUCAACCGUGACAUCACCUACAGCCUGUCACAUGACUCGGACCCCCAGGGUCUGUUUGCCAUCAACCAGGCAGGGUGGAUCACCGUGGCCCACCCCUUGGACCGAGAGAGCAUGGCACAGCAUCACCUGGUCGUCCUGGCUACAGACCGGGGGAGACCCCCGUUAACAGGAAGCGCCACGGUGCAGCUGUCCCUCAUAGACGUGAACGACAACGGGCCUGAGUUCGAGGUGGCGUACGCCCCAGUGGUGUGGGAGAAUGUGGCGGGGCCACAGGUGGUCAGGCUGAACCACAGCUCCAGCCUGAUCCGGGCCCUGGACCGUGACUCUGAGCAGAACGGAGCGCCCUUCUCCUUCAGCCUGGCGCCAGAGGACCGCCACAGCAGGGACUUCUACCUGCAGGAUAACGGCAACGGAACGGCCACCGUCACCGCCCUGAGGGCCUUCGACCGGGAGAAGCAGAAGGAGUUCCUCCUGCCCAUUGUCAUGAGCGACAGCGGAACCCCGCCACGCACCGUCACCAACACGCUGACCGUAACUAUCGGCGACCAGAACGACCACGCCCACCAGCCAGGAGAGAAAGAGAUCUUCAUCAACAGCCACAGAGGGAGGAUGCCAACUACAGUCCUGGGGAAGGUCUAUGCUCCCGACCCUGAUGACUGGGAUAACAAGACAUACGCCUUUGAGGGACAUGUACCCAGUUACUUUAUCCUCAACAAGCGGACAGGCUUCCUCAUCAUCAAGGAGAACGCCCCUCCAGGGAGUUAUGAGUUCCAGGUGCGAGUGUCUGACGGGGUGUGGCCAGACGCCAUCUCCGAGGUAACGGUGCAUGUGAGGGAGCUACGUGACGAGGCCAUCUACAACUCAGGAUCCCUCCGUCUGGCAGACAUCACAGCCAAGGAGUUUGUGGAGCGCCGCGGUGGCCUGAGCAGUCGCUACGACCUGCUGGUGGACUUCCUGUCAGAGCUGGUUUCCGUGGCGGUGGAGGACGUCAACGUCUUCAGCCUGAUGGACGUGAGGGAGCGGAUGCUGGACGUCCGCUUUGCCGUAACCGGGGGCGCCCCCUAUGUCCGGCCAGAGAAACUGCACGGUUACCUGGCGGCUCACAAGCAGAAGCUCCAGUCCUUCCUCCAGGUCAACGUGACCCAGGUCCACGUGGACGAGUGUUCCCGUACCGACUGUGGAGCCAGCGGUGGCUGCUCCAACGUUUUGAGUGUCCGGGACACGCCCACCGUGGUGGAUUCUGGGACCAUGAGUCUGGUGUCAGUGACAGUGGAGUCCUCGGCCGUCUGCAGCUGUCCCGGACGCGAACACGCCCACCAGCCCUGUACUUCAUAUCCCAGAAACCCUUGCUUCAACGGGGGAGUGUGUGUGGAUACACAGAGUGGUUACAGGUAA